CGUGGUGGGGGGAGGGGAAUGAGUGGACGGGUCCAUUUUUGGAUCCUUUGAGGGGGUGGCUCAUACGUACCUGGCUAGGAGGGGACGCUCCCAUUUUCUUUUGACGUGGGGGAGAGAAAAGGAAGAUGGCAAAAUGUGAAAAUUAGAGGCUCAACUGUAAGGAGACACCAUAAGACAGUGCCAGGACUUUAGUGAGCCUAUCUGCUCAUGGGCCUCCCCUCCUCAAAACCACCAGUUUUUAUGGCAUAAAAUCUAAACUACAUGUCUGCAUUACAGAUAUAUCACUGACUCUGCAAAGAGGGUAGUAGAAGAUACAGAAAGACAAAGGAAAUUAGAGAUGCUGCAAGGUCCAGGUCCAGCCUGGCGCCCCUCCCGCACAGCUCAUCUUACAGAUCUGUGGCCUCUGCUUCCGUCUGUAAACCUAUGGCUGUCCAACAACGUCAGUUGGUUGUUUCUGCGCUCUGAAGCAUGCACAACCAAGGUCACCUAAGGUCGCUGACCCAAAUUAAUCUCAGACUUCAAAUCUUCCCAGAACUCCCUGUUCUGGGGGACCAGGUGGGGGUCCCACACCCCCCUAAACGUCCUGAUUAUAUUCCUGUAGCUCCUCUCCCAAGUGGGACCUUCCUACCUAUUUAUUCCUUCUAGGUAGGUUGAUACUAAGAUUUAGAGAUCAAUCUUAUUUACUGUGUUUAUAUUUUGCUACAAUUCACUUGCCUGGAACGGGACCUGAGUCAUGGUACCAAAUACUAUGGCUGUUCACAAGUUCACAAGUACUUCCUGAAUGAAUUUUAAAUGAAUCGGUCAGAUCCUGGUCUUGUCCUACCAUGUUGGGGGAGGCAGAUCCAGACACAGAGCUGCAGGAAGAAUCAAAGUUGUGAUUAAGGAAGGUACAGGGGACUUCUGCGGGAGGAGGAAGAGAAGGACUCUGAGGGUGAAAGAUUUCCUAGAAGUAGUAUCUGAGGAGUUAGGCUUUGAAAGUUUACACAGGUAAUGUAGCUUACUAGGGUAUGGGGAAUACCCUGGCAUAGCUUGAUUUGAAAGUCUGAGGGGACAAGUGAGAAACAAAGUUUUGAGGCAUCCAUUCACCAAGCGCUGUUUCAAAUUAGAUGUUGGUUCAUUUCAUACUUACAGCAAUUGUAAGAAGGAGCUAAUAACUUCAUUUUACAGAUUAGGAAAACUGAAGCUCUGAGCAGUUACAUACUUAUCCUGGGUCACAGAGCUCAAAUGUGCUAAUCUGGGCAUUUGAACCUGGGUAGUCUAGUUCUGGAUCCUAGCUUUGAAUGACAACACUGUACUGAUUCUCUAGGGAUAAAGUCUGUGACUGUGUGGAGACUGGCUGCUUAUAGAGGCUACCGUGGCCCUUCUCUCCCUUCGCUUCGUCUCAUCUCAUGCUGCUGAGAGAAAGUCCGCCAAUAGAUGUCUAAACCAAUCAGCAUUGAGGAAGGGGGCGGGCCUAAUGGACCUCACAGCCAAUUGGUGAAGGGGAGGUACUUAAGGACAAAUGAAAGAAGUUUCCAAAAGUGAGGCUGGGGAGGGGAGGAGGGACUAUAACCGGCACUCUGGGCCGCUGGCACGUGCCCCUGGGCCUGCUCUUCUCCAGAGCAGGAAAGACAAAGGGUGUGGGAGGGGCACGCGCAUGCGCGGGCGCAUGAGACCCGGAAGAGCAUCGGGCGCGACAAAACCUGGGGUCACCACGGAAAAGAAGCCAUUGUACCCCACAGCCACGUGGAGUAGGCAGAGGGCGGGAUUCGUUGGGGCAGCAGAAGGUUGCCAUGGACCCCAGGGGGCCAGCCCCCAAGACUUUCCAGCGGCCUGAGAAACCUGGUCGUGUCCGCCGUCGGAAGACCAGGCGGGAGCGUAAUGAGGCUCUGGUGGGCAGUCGGCAGUCAUUGGCCCAUCAAGAUCCUCCUGUGGCCAGUCGGGAUCCACAUAUGGUCCUCCGGAAUUCUGUGGCCCCUGCUGCCCCCAAGCUUGUGGUCAUAACCCAGGGCCGGCUGAGCCGAGAGCACCGGGGUCUCUUCAGCCAUGAGGUGAAAUCUCUGGACGUUGCUCGACUGCUUAGCAGUGGGUCCCUGGAGCCAAGGACCCCUAAACUCCCCACUAAGUUCUCCCCAAGCCCAGGCAGGGCCCAAGAACCAGCCCCACAGUCAAGGGGCAAGGAGAACAAGGUCCCUGGAGGCUCGGGCCCAGGCCCACCUAGUCCCCUACAGUUCCCUGACUUGGAGCAGCUGCUGGAAGAGCUGCAAUGCCAGCUAAUUCUGCCACAGGCCUUCCCCAGGAGAAAUCUAGUACAAGAGGCCAGGGAUGUCAUCGUGAGCACCUUACAGGCCUGCCAUGGCUGUGUGCCUGACUUUACCCUGGUGCUCCGGAGUUGCCAGCCACCCUUGCCAGGGACCAAGCCUGGGGGCCCUGAGGAACGAAGGAUGACACCCUCCUGGAUCAACAGCCCUGAGCAGGCCCCAAGGGAGGGGAGGCAGAGGAGGCAAAAGAAGACAAAGGAGCUCAACUUCACCAUGCCUCACACCUGCAGCACUCCUACUGUGCACAGGGUGAGCCUGGCACCACCGAAAGGUCCCUGGCUACCCCCAUUGUCCUCAUUGCCUUCACCAUCGGAGAUGGCCUGGGGCCCCCCAACAGCUUUUGAUCUGCUGAAAAGUAUUUGGCUGGUAGCCACACCACCCCCUCCCCGGCCCUGGGGGGUUGGCCCACCACAACUCCUGCCUCAGCCACCAUCACCCUUGUUGCCCCGAACCUCUGCCCUGGACUGGAGCCCCAGCCCCCCUGCCCCACUGCCCAGCCUCUCCUGGGUGGUGGCCCAGAGCAGCCCGGAGGCCUGGUCCUUUCCACCCAUGAGACUGUACUGAGGGGGGCUGAGGCUAGGUUGGGGCCAGGAAUCCCACAUUCUAAUCACUUCAAUAAAAUACCUACUUUGUGGUC